AUGGAUUUCGACCUCUUUGAGAAACUCAGUGACUUGGAAACGAGGAUCUACGUGCUAGAGAAAGAGUUGGAGGAAAAAGAUGCUUUAAUCCAGUCACUCAAACUCCGAAACACGCAGUUGGAACAGGAAAUCGAAUCUCAAAAACAUCACCAUUCACGCUCCGAUUUGGAUCUUGGGGUCAAAUGUGACUUAGCAAGCAUUGAAAGCGAAGUUCUGAGAGAGACUUCCGAAUCCGUCGUUCGACACACAGGCUAUGCUUUUGACGAACGUACCGGGUUGUACUUCGAUCACAUCAGUGGCUACUACUACGACCCAGAACAUCAUCUGUUCUUCGAACCAAGAACAGGCACCUAUUACAGCUAUAACUCGGAAACUGGUGAAUAUGCCUAUCGUUCUUCAGUAGAUUCCCGGAGGUUAGCAGAGCUCAGAGAACUCUUCGGUCGCAGUCCAGAGGAUGCACACUCGGUCCCAAAGCAGCGCAGCCCUAGCCCACUCUCGCGACACCGUUCACGUCAUCGCCGGCGUCGUUGCCGAAGACGGUCUAGGACAGGCUCUUCUCGGAGGUCUCGAAACAGCAGUAGUCGGAGCAAUUCUUCCCAAGACUCUCCUCGUUAUCCUCAAAACCCACGACGACACUCCGCUUGCUCGGACGCGUCGCCCGAGCAAGAUGCGCUCACUGGGUCCAUGAGCAGAAAGAAGAUAAAGCGAAAAAGAGCGAAUGCCUGCUCACCGAAGGAACGAUUCCACUCAAAACAAGAUAAAGAGAAUGGAAGUUCUGGUCAUUCAACUCCGCCUGCACAGCAGGUGACAUCGUUUGCGGCAAAACCCAUGGUUUACCCACCUGGUGUGCGUCUAGUAGUUUUGGCAUCUGAAUGCGCCCCCCUCGGGUCGGUAUUUAUCCUUACAAGUGAAGAGUCAUCUCGGGGCUGGGGAUGUAUCGGUCGCAAUCCAACCUUUUGUCCGUCUGUAAACUUUCCUGACGAUCCGGAUGUGAGCACUAUUCACUGUGAGGUUAUUUACAACCAGACCGAAGAGAACUAUUCUCUGUUGGAUAGAGAAUCUUCUUCCGGAACGUUUGUGAAUGGGCAGUUGCUUCCGAAGGCGGAACCUGUGCGUUUGAGUCACGGUGAUGUACUCCGUAUCGGUGCCACCCGUCUACUCGUACAUUUGCAUCGCGGCUCGGAAGUUUGUGAUCAGUGCGAUCCGGACACCCUUCGGUUAGCCCUGGAGGAGGCGACAGAUGGUCCUCCCUCCUCUGAAGCAGAUUCUUCCGACGUGACGAAUGGUCUUUCAGCUGCUGCUCGUCGAGAUCUUCAUCGGCGUGUCAAUAUUGACAUUCUGAAGGAGAAAUAUGGCAUUCGAUACCUAAACUCCUGUGAAAAUCCGAAAGGGUAUGUCGAUCGUGCGGCUCAGCGUCGUGCCAUGCAGGCGACGGGCAUCGUGGAUACUCCGCAUCCCCCCAAUCUGAUCGAACCCAAACCCGUGGAGCCUGUAACAACAUCCCAACGCACCUCUAGUUUGUCCACACCGAUCGGAGCUGAGAACCGCGGGGCGCAACUGUUGGCGAAAAUGGGUUGGAAAGACGGAGAAGGUUUGGGCAAAAACCGUUCAGGGAUUGUUGAGCCCGUACCGGUGGCUGUUCGCCUUAACGCGCGGGCCGGAUUCGGGUCUGAAGAGCAACAACGUAAAGUGUGCCCUCUGAUUCCGGCAGAUGCCACUCCCAAGGAACUACAGAAAGCACGGAUUCGUGUCAUUACGCGCGACCGCUAUGAUAAGAUACAAUGA